GUCACGUGUACUAGACUAGUUCAGAAAGUUGACAGCAGCAACAGGGUUUACAACGUCAGCCUGCUACUUUACGUCAAUGCUAGUUUUUAGAUAACUAAUUCAAAAUUUUGCCGAAUGUAACGGAUAAGUUACCCUUGACAUAGUUUAUACAUUUUAUGAAUACGUAAAGUUACUGUUAGCUGUUUAAAGUCACCAUGGAUGUUUUUCAGAGGCUGCUAUCUGGAUUCAGUCUGGAUCUGGGACCGCUCAAAGAACCUUUGGGGUUUAUUCGGGUAUUAGAGUGGGUGUUCACCAUCUUUGCCUUUGCCACCACAGGGGGUUACACUGGGACCUCCCACAUCACUAGUAAAUGUAAUGCCUCUGCCAGCGUGGUGGAUGUACCGGCUACAUUCGGUUACCCCUUCAGGAUGCCGAGCACUCCGUACUUUGUGCCAACAUGCAUCGGUGGCAGUAUCAACACAACCUACCUUAUGGGUGACUAUUCCUCCUCAGCAGAGUUCUUCGUGUGUGUGGGUGUGUUUGGCUUCCUCUACUGCACAGCAACCCUGGUGCUGUACCUGGGAUACCAACAUAUCUACCGUGAGACCAGCCGUGGACCCAUCGUAGACCUGUUUGUGACUGCAGCCUUUGCCUUCCUGUGGCUGGUGUCGUCCUCGGCCUGGGGGAAAGGCCUGACCGACGUGAAAUGGGCCACCAACCCUGAGAACUUAGCAAAGAGCUGCACCCCACUCUGCAUCCCCGGGGCCUUCCCACCCAUGGGACGCCUCAAUGCUUCAGUGAUUUUUGGGUUCCUGAAUCUGAUCCUUUGGGGAGGAAACUGUUGGUUUAUAUAUAAGGAGACUCCUUUCCACAAGGAUCCUAACCCACCUGCCACUAUGGAGGAGGGCAAAGUCACCGGAACCUAAUUCACUCCUGAAGGCCCCCUUGCUACCCAAACCUACAAUAUCACAACAAUGCUUGGGGUCCCACACUGGUUCUUGUGUAACGCCGUUAGAUAAUACAACUAAAUCACCAAGGAAAACAAUGCUUCUUUUUUUUUACUACACUAAUCUCACAGGUCACUCAUCAUUACAGGUGUUCAGCUCAAGUUCAAUCUUAAGUUACAUUUCCUUUUAUUUCACAUUGAUCAGUUUAUCUGAUUUACAGGCCUACUCCAAUCAGUUCUACCCCUUCCGAGGUGAAAAUAAGUGCCUUUUUGAGACCCUUUUAAAUGAUGAUGCCAAUACAAAGUGCCUUUACCUUACAUGAAAUGUAGUUAGAUACUGUAAGCAUGCCUUGAGCUGAAUACUUUGAUAAGAAACUGUCCAUCUAUAAUAUUCAAAAUAUUGCUUGCCUCCCAGUGAGCAGGUGCAUUCAGGUCUACAUGAAUAAUUCUGUUAACUUUUUUUAGUAUUAUUACUAAGUAGAUGUUAAGAAAUUCAGUAACUUGCUGUCGUACACUAAACCCCUCAAUGUGCAAGAUAGAGGAGACAGACAUAUACAACUUUAACACACCUGCUGUACAUUAAACCUAUGACUAUGAACCAGGAUUUGAGUAGUAAAGUAAGAAUAACUUUUGUUUUGCAUUUUAGCUUAACUUCCCUUGUAUACUACUUCUAUAUGUUUUGAAAAAGACUUAAUGAGUGGGUGGAGAAAAGCACCAACCUAAACUGUGGUGGCUACUUGAACACACAACGGUGCCUCAUGCUCAUGCAUAAACAUGUUUAUUAUGCGAGAUAUAGCUUGUAUUUUAUUUCUUACUGGUAUUGACAUGCAGAGUGCCUAGGUAAUUACCACCAAAAAUAGCAGUAGCUCAGCCCAGCUGGGCAUCCUAAAAUACAACAAUUUAUGUUGACUGAUUUAAGUUGAGCUAGACACAAUGCUAGACGCUGCCAAAUUUAGAUGUUCAUGGGUGUCAGUAUCCAUUGGUACACUAUGUUUAACUUAGCUUCCAAAACAGAGCUUACCAUGUUCAGUUACUAAGUUUCAACAGCAGUAAGUUUCCUCUGUUUGUGACUUUUCCUCUUGAAAUAUUUGUUUGAAUAGCAAUUUAGAUGUUGUUAUUUAUGCAGUUGUUUUUUGUUGUUUUGGUAUUUUACAUUUUGGUCUUUAAUGCGUUUCCCUAAAGUAAACAUGUUUGUGUGGCUUCUCUGAGUAAUUUGUUGGACAUUGUGGUUGUGAUUUCCUUUUUGCUGUUGUAUUGUCAUACCACUGGGCAAGCUGCAGGAGUCGUCGUGAAUUUAGGUUUAAUAAAGUGAGCAGCAAAAACAUUUAGCAAAGUAUUAGUGCCAAAUAAAUUAAUCCUGCUGUAUUUCUUCAUUUGUACUGCUAUUUAAUUUAAUCAAAUCAUUGGCCAUGCAUGUCAUUUUUCUUUGUAGUUCAUGUGAUCUACGUCAGCCUCACUGUAGGGAAAAUAACGGAACUUGUUUGAGCAUUUUUCUUUGCACUAAGUGUGUCAGUUAACUAAGUCUUAUAAUAUGUAAGAUGGUUCUAAUGUUGAGGGAAACUGCAACUGUUCUGUAUAAUCUUAGUAUGUAGUGAUUUACAAAGAGCAAGCUUAAAUCACAGUCUUUUGAGUUAGACUAAUUGUGCCACAUUGAUUUUUUAAACAAUAAUUUCAUUAUUUAGGGUAGACUUAUAUUUGUUUUGUGUUUUCAAACUGUAUCUCUGGCAUUUGACUGUUUCUUUUGUAUGUUGUGCCUUGUUUCUGAAAAUAGAAAUGAUAAGUGCGUGUCUUUACAUCUGACAAGCAUUAAAAAAUAAGAGUGCA